AUGGACUCUUGGACAGCCCUCGCCCUUCUGUACUACUUCCUGUUUGCAGUUGUGGUUGAAUCGGUUCCCGUGUCCCACCCCCCCGUGGAGCUCCGGGAGGCAGCAGAACGGGCGAAGGCGCUGGUGGAGAAGAUCCUCAGAGACCUCCCCCCCGCCCACGCCGCCACCGUCAGCACGGAGGGUUUGACCCUCGACCCCUCGCCUCAGACCCCAAACCUGCAGAUGAUGGUGACUUCACUGGGCAUCCCCCCCGCCCCCGUCCUCAAACCCCUGUCUGACCGCUUCACAAAGGACAUGUGUGUGAGUCGUAUGUCAGUGGGCUGUCGGUUGUACCAGGGGCUGCUGGGAGUUUUGUCUGACCGGCUCGGCGGACUGACGAACCUGCGAGCCGACCUCAGCGACCUGCUGACCCACAUCAACAAGAUGAAGGAGGCGGCUCCGCUCGGCGCCGAGGGUCCGGAGCAGACCUGGGGGCGGGACCUGGCCUCUCGCCUCACGGGGAACUACGAGGUGCAGGUGGCGGCGCACGUGACGCUGACUCAGCUCCGCUCCUUCUGUCACGACCUGAUCCGCAGCCUGAGAGCCAUCGCCACCUACAGGCGCAGAGCUGCAGGUGCCCCCUAAGCCACGCCCACCGGUGGGAGUGGAAUAAAGAUAAAGACUAAUCAGUUCCUAGCUGAUCCACAAAUGGUCCAGGAGAAGGAGCACAAACUGGGGGGGGGGGUCUCCUGAGCUCCUGUAGCGUUUUCAGGACUCGACAGGAAUCAUCUGCAGAUCGAUUCUUUAUUGAUAAUUAUUUAUUAACCAGAAAGGCAGUUACUGAAUUAAGAUUUGUAUUUAUUACUGAUAUUUAUUGGUUAUUCAUGGUGUAUUAUUUAUUUACGGGUCAACCUGUGACCUUUGACCUCGUCUGAGGCCACAUCCCAAACGAGUGUAUUGAUUUAAUACAUGACUCAGCAGAGAGCAAGAGAAGUGCUGAGUCAGUACAGGAAGUGAAAUGAGGUUCUUUGAAACUGAACGUCUCUGCUAAAGUUAACUGAUUUAUUGACUUUAUUUAUCUCUAUUUAUUUUUUUAUGGAUGUACGAAGAUUUUAUUGUGGUUUCUUACUCAGGUUGUUAAAACCUGGUCGAUGUCGUGUGAUAAAAAUAAAAACUCUCCUCCACCCUCA